UUGUGUUGUUAUUGCCAUGUUUUUUGCCAUUUCUAUUUAAAACCAUUCUAAUGGAAAGGGGGCAGUGUCCGAAUAGCAUCAGAGGUUUCAUUGGCUGAAUUCAGUGAGUCGUUACGCGCCGUUCGCCACUCUCCUCUGACCGACAUAUUAUUGGAUGUUCUCAUCCAAUGACAUUCCACAAAGCUAGUAAAUGACUUGGGUUUAGACGAAUAAACGACCCACUUCCUUUGUUUUCAUUGGGCUGUUUAUGUUUGUGGGCGGGGCAUAUUUCAUGUUUUUUGUUGGGAAAAAAUGGCGGCGAUUGUAAUCUAAGGGAUAUCCUCACGUUUACCUAACGUCUACCUAACGUUUAUUACGGAGGAGGAGCUGCACGCUGGGUGUUCUAUCGGAACGAGAUCUCGUGCAGGGCUUCACCAAUAAGGGUACAUCAGCUGGAGCAGUAUCGGGGAAACGUUUGUCAGCUGGAGCAGUAUCAGGGUAACGUUUGUCAGAGCGUAAAUGUUGUUGCUGUAACCCACUGUGAAACACAACAGUUGAGUUGACGUGAGCUCCAUGUUCUUCAACAUCAGCGCGCCAUAAUGCGUGGAUGCACAGAGCCCCACAGCGUCUGACGGCUGUUCAGCCGUGUUGUGAGUUCACAAUCACUAGACUAUCAUCUUCGCCAUUCAACUUCACAAACGGGUCUUCGUUUCGUAUUGGAAAUGUCCUCUCUGACCAAAGUUGCCCUAAAAUCCUCCAAGGCAGAGGAGGGUCGUCCGCGACAUAGCACUCGCCUGCGCACAGGUUCCCGGAGACGUUACCAUGACGACGGCAUCUCAGACGAGGAGAUUGAUGGACGCAGGAUGUUUGACCUGGAGGACAAAGUGCACAGCGAGCGGUUCAGCUCGGACAGGGUGGUACGGAUGGAGGGCAAGGAUCUGACAUAUGAGUACAUUCAAAGAGGAGGUCUGAGGGAUCCCAUCAUCUUCGAGAAGCCAGAUGGAUUAGGAAUCAAAAUGCCAGAUCCUGACUUCAGUGUGAACGACGUUAAGAUCUUUGUAGGGAGCAGACGCAUGGUGGACGUGAUGGACGUGAGCACGCAGAAAGGCACGGAGAUGUCCAUGGCGCAGUGGAGGCGCUACUACGAGACGCCGCACGCACAGCGGGACAAGCUGUACAACGUCAUCUCCCUUGAGUUCAGCCACACCAAGCUGGAGAAUCUGGUCAAGAGACCGGCCACGGUGGAUAUGAUUGACUGGGUGGACAACAUGUGGCCCCGUCACCUGAAGGAGAGACAGAGGGACUCCACCAACUCCAUCACUGACAUGCAGUACCCCAAAGUCCAGAAGUACUGCCUGAUGAGUGUGCAGGGCUGUUACACAGACUUCCACAUUGACUUCGGAGGAACAUCAGUUUGGUACCAUAUACUGAGAGGAUGCAAGGUGUUCUGGCUGAUUCCCCCCACCCCUCAGAACCUGGAGCUCUAUGAGAACUGGGUGUUGUCAGGGAAACAGGGCGAUGUCUUCCUGGGAGACCGUGCUUCUGACUGUCAGAGGAUUGAGCUGAAGCAGGGGUACACCUUCAUCAUUCCUUCAGGCUGGAUCCAUGCCGUGUACACGCCCGUGGACACCCUGGUGUUUGGCGGCAACUUCCUCCACAGCUUUAACGUUCCAAUGCAGCUGCACAUCUCCAGCAUUGAGGACCGCACGCGGGUGCCCGCCAAGUUCCGCUACCCGUUCUACUUUGAGAUGUGCUGGUAUGCCCUGGAGCGCUACGUCUUCAGCCUCACCGGCACCUCCUACCUCACGCCUGAGUUCCAGAAGCACUCGCUGGGCAUCGGUGGGUGGCCCACAUGUAGCUUCUUAUUCUCUCCCAGUUCUGGGGAAAACCUUUCUGAUGUCACGCUCUGCUCUACAGGUCUGAAGAAGCCGUCUCCGGCAGACCCGGACAGCGGAGACUUAGACGAUAUGGGCGAGGGUGGCAGUAGUGAUGGAGAUGCAGACGGCUCCUCUUCCAAGCCACCAGUGGGCAAAGUUCACAUGGCCCCGUUCGAGCUGGAGGGGAUGUGGAACCUACUUGGCAAGCUGGAAGCCCUGCCGUCCAACAAGAAGUGUGUCCCCGCAGGCAUACACAAUGCGCCCGCCCUACUCACACACAUCAAGGCCCUUCUUAAGGAGCAUGCCAAUGACAACCCAAAACUUUCCUACACUGGCAAACCAAUCAUCACAUGGCCAAAGAGGCCUUCGUGGUACCAGCCUCCCCCUCCACCACUGCCCCCACCGCGCCCCAAGCUGGCCAACACCCCCGUGCUGCCACGUCCCCAGAAGCCUGCCUCCUCCAUGUCGGUGCUGAGACGCCGGCGCGUCAGGUGCAAGCGCUGUGAGGCCUGCAUGAGGACCGAAUGUGGCGACUGCAACUUCUGCAGAGACAUGAAGAAGUUCGGCGGGCCGGGGAAACUGAAGCAGACCUGCGUCUUGCGCCAGUGUCUCGCUCCCGGCCUCCCCCUGUCGGCGGUGUGCGAGGUGUGCCAGGAGCCAAACCAGGACGACACGGGCGAUCCCAGCCUCCUCUUGAUGGAAUGCUCCAACUGCGCAGAGAUCGUCCACCCUGCCUGCCUCACGGUACAAGGAGAUGGAGUGAUGAACAGCGAUUUACCCAGCUGUUGGGAAUGUCCAAAGUGUGUCUUGGGGAUCACGGACCAAGAGACUCCUAAAGGAGACAAAAACAAGCCACUCCCGCUGAAGCGCAAGUCCACCUCGCUGCUGGACUCCCGCAUCGCCAAGAUCUACCGCAGGCACAGGCACGGCCGCGACGGAGACGACUCCGGCAGCGAGGAUGACCAAGUGUCUCGGAGGAGGAAGCUGGGCCUGCACCCCCGGGGGGGGGGCAGUUCCAGGAGGGGCUACCGCAGGGGCCUACUGAGGGGGGGAGCCGGCCACCGGGGCAGCAGGGCCGGGGGGCUGGCCAUGGGCGGCUCUGGGAUUAGGAUGAAGCGCGGCAUAGGGCUCCGGAGGGGCCGCGGCGUCAGGCUGAGGGGGGGCUCCAGGAUGCAGAGAAGGGGGGGAGAUGACUCUGAGGAGUCGGAGGACGAUGACGACGACGACGACGACGACGAUGACGACGACGACGAGGAAGAAGAGGUGGACGACAGCGAGGGUGGGGGGAAGGAGGGCCAGAGGGGGAGGAGGAGGAGGCGCCUCCGCGGGACGGACGAUGACGACGAUGAGGAAGAGGAUAGUGACAGCAGGGAGUUUGACCCGGAGGAAGAGGACGAGGAGAUGGACCAAUAUGUGGAUGAGGAGGAGGGGGAGGAAGGGCACUGGGACUCGGACCCAGAGCCGCCCGUCCUGCUGGUGUCUGACCUGACCGAUGACCUGCUCACUGGGUCCUACCUGACGGUCACCCUGCAGCGGCCCCAGAAGGCCAAGAGGCACUCAGGCUCCAUCGUCCCCAAGCUAGAGGCGGCCAUGGGUCCCAGGACAGCCAUCUUGGGCCCGGGGGGACACCAGAGUUUUGUCCAGCGCAAGUCGGCCCUCUCCAAACCCUCUCGGGUGAAAGGCGAGGCUGAUGGUGUCACCCUGGCCAGAGGCUCUGGCAGGCCCCGUGUCCGCGGCCUGCCCACCUCCGCCUCCUCCUCUGACGAGGACGGCCCCCGCGUGGCCGACACCGCCACCAUGUCCCCGCCCUCUACGCUGCUGUCGCUGCCCUCCUUCAAGGACGCGGGCAGCGAGCGAGGCGCCGACAAGGAGGUGUGGGUAUCGGUCUUCAGGUUCCUGAGCCGCCCCGAGCUGCUGGCAUGCAUGAGUGUCUGCAAGGCCUGGUACAAGUGGAGCUUUGACAAGCGCCUGUGGAGCCACGUGGACAUCAGCCGCAGCACCCGCCUCAGUAACCAGGCCCUGGCUGGAAUCAUCAAGAGGCUGCCCACCUCCCUGGACCUCUCUUGGACACCUGCCGCCAAGAGGCAGCUGCACUGCCUGCUCACACGCCUGCCAGGGCUCCGGGAGCUGCGUGUGGCGGGCCUGCCCUGGUUCGCCCUUUCUGCCCUUGUGUCCCCCACCCUGCCCUGCCUCAGGCUGCUGGACCUGCGCUGGUGUCAGGGCAUCAAGGACGUCCAGAUGAAGGACCUCAUCCUGCCACCUGGCCUGGGCUCAUCCCGCAGCCGCCUGAGGAACAUGUCGGCGCUGUACCUGUCGGGCCUGGAGGUGAGCGACUCCACCCUGCGGCUGCUGCAGCGCCACAUGCCCCAGCUUGAGCGGCUGGACCUGGCCCACUGCCCGGCUGUCUGCGACACCUCCAUCGCCCUGCUGGCCGCCGCCGGCACGCACACCCGCCACAACCUCACCGAUCUCUAUCUUGCCGGUUGCAACCGGCUGACGGACGGUUGCCUGCCCUACCUGAAGCGCCUCUCUGCGCUGGAGCUGCUUGACCUUCGGGGCUGCGACGGCGUGAGCCGGCGGGCGUGCGAGGCCUUCAUCUCAGACCUGUCCCACGUGUCGUUCUACUGCAUGAUGGAAGAAAAGCUCAUCCAGCGCAUCCCCUAAGGGGCGUUUCCCAGCAGGCACGGCGUCCUCCGGGCCCUCUGUUGCAGGGGAGCGGCGCCACCAAAGCCUGUUUCCAGCCUGUUUCUAGUCUCCUAGCCUGGGACCCCAAGAGGAGAAUGGCUGUGUUUGUAAAUGUUUUUUCUCUGUGAAGUUCCUGGGUUCUUUCUGCUGGGCUCUUUUCUGCCUGGCCUUCAUGUUUGCGAGUCUUUGUUACAUUUCAUUUUUAAACAUUCUAAAAAAAGAACACUAAUAAAGUGUAAAGUGAAUACGGAUUGGUUUGAAGUACUUUUCUUUUAUGUGCACAUAGUAACACAGCCUUCGUUUUUUGACGACAUGAUAUAUAGACUAUUGAUAGACUAUAGACUAUUGAUCAUGGUAAGUGCAGCCUGGAAAGCCCCUUUAAGGCUGGAGAAUUCUGAACGGCAUCACUGAUCCCUCCUACAUUGUAACCAAAAAAAUGCAUGUCCCUGUGAACUAUGAGUUUGAUUUACAACAGUUUUACAUAGUUUGACGAGGUGCAGAGCAGGAGUCAAGAAUUAACUGACAAGAUUGAAAGAUAAUUAAGUUAAACACAUUAGUGCCAUAACUCACUAAUGUGAUAAAAGAUGCAUUCGGGCGUGAUAUAUUAUUCCACACGCGUAGAUAUUAACUGCGAGUGCGAAAAUUA